CACAUCAUCGUCCAUCGAUGUGCUGUCAAUAUGAAUUGAUGACAUGUCGGAUGAUCCAUGGCACAAUGGCUCUAUCAUUCUUCUCACCUGAGUGUCGCCAAGAAGAUAUAUAAGCUCUUCCGCUGCUCUUUCCCCCCUAACGAUGUCAGCUCGCAUGGAUGAAAAAAGGGUCGAUACCACCGAUGCAAUCGACGACUUGCCCACCGUACCCUGUCAUGCCCGUGACGGCCUUGAGAGGAGAUUAGUGAGGAAGCUUGAUUUGCGCAUGUCCGUGAUCGUCGUUAUUUAUACCCUGAACUUUAUCGACAGGACGAAUGUUAACAAUGCUCGGUUACAAGGUUUUGAGAAAGACCUGCACCUGCAUGGGGAACAAUAUGCCACGGUCUUGUCCAUCCUAUAUGUGGGAUACAUUAUCAUGCAAGUGCCAGGGAAUAUGCUUCUACACCGGCUGGGGAGGCCUGCUAUCCUCAUUCCUUCUUGUAUGGCGGUAUGGGGUAUGAUAUCAGUAUUAACUGGGAUCACAACAAAUUAUACGGGGGUCCUUGUCGUCCGUUUCUUUCUUGGCUUCGUCGAAGCGCCUUUUUUUCCUGGUGUUCUGUUUCUUGUAUCUAGAUGGUAUAAACGAGACGAGAUCGCCAUGAGAACAGGUCUCGUUUCUUGUGGAAGUAUACUCAGCUUCGCUUUCGGAUCUCUGAUUGCAUCUGGGAUACUUAGCAGCAUGGAGGGAAAACUUGGUCAAGCUGCAUGGAGGUGGUUAUUUUACAUCGAGGGUGGCAUUACCAUCAUCGUCGCAAUUUUCGCGAUUUUCAUACUCCCUGAUUUCCCACACAACACCAGGUGGCUCACUCCAGAGGAAAGAGCACUUGCCAUUUCUCGCCUUGCAGAAGAUAGAUAUGGUACGGCUGAGGAGCUUGGGAAACAGACAACCAUCCAAGGACUGCGAGAUGCUGUGUCUGACUGGAAGGUGUGGUGGGUGACAGGCGGGAUCACUUUCCAGUACGCAGUGCUGUCAUUCGCCAGUUACUUUCCGACGAUCGCCGCGACCAUGGGAUAUGGAACGACGGUAACCUUAUUGCUCUGUGCUCCUCCGUGGGCAUUCGCCGCGAUAGCUGCAUUUUUUAUUGUGAGGCACUCUGACAAGAAGCAAAAGCGUUAUAGAUACCUCGCUGCCUGCAAUGGACUUGGCUCCCUUGGAUUCAUCGUGUCUAUCUGUACGAUGAACACGGUUGCGCGCUAUAUUUCUCUGUUCUUGAUGGCUCAAAUCAUCGGCGGAUAUAUGGUGCUUUGGGGGUGGAUCAGCAACACUUUCGACAGAGAACCCGCGAAACGAGCCGUUGCUAUUGCUUUGAUUAGCGCGCUGGGGCAGUUGGGCAGUAUCGCUGGAUCGUACAUCUGGCCGUCCAACUGGGGCCCGACAUAUCGUUAUUCCUCCAUCAUUUGCAUCGCUGCAAUUGCGAUGUCGACGAGCAUGUUUGGUAUGAUGCAUUUGUAUUUGAAGCAUCAGAAUGUGCAGAUUGAGAGGAACGAGCGGGAUGCAAAGGAUGUUAAGGAGCUUCGAGACCCUAUUGGUUUCAGGUAUCUGGUAUAGACGAUGAUUGAUGUGACUCUCGGAUACGCGGUUAGGGUACAGAGAAUACUUUAGUUAGCUAUGUGACAUACUCGUCAGCAUA